AUGGAGGAGGCCUUGGAGCUGGCGCGUGCCAAGGACACCAAGGAAAGGAUGGCCGGGGUCGAGCGUCUCUACCAACUCCUUGAAGCCUCCAGAAAGGUUCUGUCGCCGUCGGAGGUGACAUCACUGGUCGAUGUAUGCUUAGAUCUCUUGACCGACGGCAACUUUCGGGUGUCGCAGGGCGCGCUUCAAGCACUCGCAUCCGCCGUCGUGCUCUCUGGCGAUCACUUCAAGCUGCAUUUCAAUGCUUUGGUUCCGGCGGUGGUUGAGAGGUUGGGGGAUUCAAAACAGCCGGUUAGGGAUGCCGCCAGGAGGCUCUUGCUCACGCUCAUGGAAAUUUCUUCACCAACAAUCAUUGUUGAAAGAGCUGGGUCUUAUGCUUGGACUCACAAAAGCUGGAGAGUUCGAGAAGAAUUUGCUCGUACGGUGACAUCGGCUAGUAGUCUCUUUGCAUCUACUGAAUUACCUCUUCAACGUGCCAUUCUUCCACCUAUUUUGCAGAUGCUGAGUGAUCCAAAUUCUGGUGUGAGGGAUGCAGCCAUUUCAUGUAUUGAGGAGAUGUAUACUCAUGCAGGACCUCAGUUCCGUGAAGAACUGAACCGGCAUCAACUACCUACAUUAAUGCUAAAAGAUAUUAAUACCAGAUUGGAGAAAAUUGAGCCAAAGGUUCGCUCUGCAGAUGCAAUUACAAGCACUUACACGUCUAGCGAGGUUAAGCCUAUAAACCUUAAUACCAAAAAAAGCAGCCCAAAAGCCAGAAGCUCAACACGUGAGGUGUCACUUUUUGGAGCGGAUGGUGAUAUCACAGAGAGACCUGUUGAACCAAUUAAAGUUUAUUCAGAAAAGGAACUUAUCAGGGAGUUUGAGAAGAUUGCUUCCACCCUCGUACCUGAUCAAGAUUGGUCUAUCCGUAUUGCUGCUAUGCAAAGAGUUGAAGGGCUUGUUAUUGGAGGUGCAACUGAUUACUCUUGCUUUCUUGGACUUCUUAAGCAACUGGUUGCUCCUUUGACCACACAACUAUCUGAUAGACGAUCCAGCAUUGUGAAGCAGGCAUGCCAUCUAUUAAGCUUCUUAUCUAAAGAUCUCUUGGGGGACUUUGAAGCAUGUGCUGAGAUGUUUAUUCCGGCUCUUUUCAAGCUUGUUGUGAUAACAGUUCUUGUAAUAGCUGAAUCGGCUGAUAACUGCAUAAAAACGAUGUUGCGCAAUUGCAAAGUUUCUCGGUCACUUCCUCGGAUAGUUGAUUCUGCAAAGAAUGACCGUAAUGCUGUACUCCGAGCGAGGUGUUGUGAGUAUGCACUUUUGAUCCUUGAACACUGGGCUGAUGCUCCUGAAAUACAUCGCUCGGCUGACCUGUACGCAGACCUCAUUAGGUGUUGUGUUGCAGAUGCAAUGAGUGAGGUACGAUCUACUGCAAGGACUUGUUAUAGAAUGUUUGCAAAAACAUGGCCUGAGCGCUCUCGACGCUUGUUUUUGUCCUUUGAUCCUGUUGUCCAAAGGGUGAUAAAUGAUGAAGAUGGAGGAAUGCACCGAAGACAUGCUUCUCCUUCCUUUCGUGACAGGAGUUCGAACAUGUCAUUUACCUCUCAGACAUCUGCACCUUCAAACAUUCCUGGAUAUGGAACUUCUGCUAUAGUUGCUAUGGAUAGAAGUUCAAGCAUACAUUCAGGAUCUUCUCUGUCGUCCGGUCUACUACUCUCACAAACCAAAGCUUCUGGUAAAGGUACAGAUCGUAGUCUGGAAAGUGUGCUGCACUCCAGCAAACAGAAGGUCAGUGCUAUAGAAAGUAUGCUGAGGGGUUUGGAUAUGUCCGGGAAAAGCCGAUCAUCCAGUUUGGACCUAGGAGUUGACCCACCAUCGUCUCGUGACCCACCAUUUCCCCUUGCUGUUCCAGCUUCUAGCAGUCUUGCAAAUUCUAUAGUAGAUUCUUUACCUGGUCUUUCUAAAGGAAAUAUUCGCAACGGUGGUUUGGCGAUGCCUGAUGUUAAAACUCAAUUUCAGGCUUCUAAACUCUCAGGUAAAUCAACGUAUCAAAGCAGUGUGGGAAGUGAGCCUCUGCCUGUAUAUUCUUACGCGGCUAAGAGAGGUUCCGAGAAGGUACCAGAAAGAGGAUUAGUCGAUGAAAAUUCUGAUCUUAGGGAUAUAAGGCGAAGUAUGACGUCCAGUGUUGAUAAGCAUUAUUUAGAUACACAAUAUAGGGAUUCGCAGAACCAAAUACCGAAUUUUCAGCGCCCUCUUCUAAGAAAGAAUGCAGCUGGACGAAUGUCUGCAGGAAGGAGAAGGAGCUUUGAUGAGAGUCAGUUCUCUUUGGGUGACUUAUCGAGUUAUUCGGAUGGCCCAGCUUCUCUUAACGAUGCUUUGAGUGAGGGCCUUAAUUCUAGUUCCAACUGGAGUGCUCGGGUAGCUGCAUUUAAUUUUGUUCAUUCUCUCAUACAGCAAGGCACGAGAGGCGUCCAAGAAGUCGUGCAAAGUUUUGAGAAGGUCAUGAAGCUAUUUUUCCAGCAUUUGGAUGAUCCCCACCAUAAAGUUGCACAGGCAGCCCUUUCAACUCUUGCAGACCUUAUCCCUGCCUGUCGAAAACCAUUUGAGAGUUACAUGGAAAGGAUUCUACCCCAUGUUUUCUCGCGGUUGAUUGAUCCAAAGGAAGUAGUGAGGCAACCCUGCUCGACUACUUUGGGCAUUGUUGGGAAAACAUAUGGUACAGAUUCCCUUCUGCCAGCUUUGCUUCGUUCGUUGGACGAACAGCGCUCCCCUAAAGCCAAAUUGGCAGUUAUUGAGUUUGCUAUAGGCUCAUUUAACAAGCACGCACCAAAUUCUGAGGGUUCUGCUAAUCCGGGCAUUCUUAACCUGUGGCUUGCAAAAUUGGCACCAUUGGUCCAUGAUAAAAAUACAAAACUGAAAGAAGCAGCCAUUACAUGCAUAAUAUCGAUUUAUACUCAUUACGACUCGGCAGCGGUGUUGAAUUUUAUCCUUAGCUUAUCUGUUGAAGAUCAGAAUUCCUUAAGACGAGCAUUGAAGCAGUAUACCCCCCGCAUAGAAGUUGACUUGAUGACCUUUCUACAAAGCAAGAAAGAUAGACGUGGGAAGUCCUCAUACGAUCCAUCUGAUGUGGUGGGGACUUCAUCCGAAGAAGGUUAUAUUGGAGCAGCGAAGAAAAGCCAUUUGUUUGGAAAAUAUCAUUCAGCUUCUGUUGAUAGUAAUGGUGGUAGGAAGUGGGGUUCUCUUCAAGAUGCAUCUCAUAUUACAGGUUCUAUCAGUAACUUAACAUCUGAUGAUGCGUCCCAUGAUGAGAAUCUGAAUCAUCGGGUUCUGGAGAUCAAUUCUAAGCCUGAUGUUCCUACCUCAAAUUAUAAAACCUUGAAUUAUGACUCCAAUACAACAGCUGAUAUUAUCGGGGCUCGGUCAAUGGAUAGCCAUGCGAAUGUUGAGGGUUCUACAACACCACAUUUUGACAUCAAUGGUCUGAUUGGAUCUGAUCAUGUGCAAAAGUCUUCUGACUUUGAGGUUGAUAACUUGUCCUCUGAACUGAUGCUAAAUAAACAUAAACUCCCAGAUAUAAAAGUAAAUGCUACUGCUGAAUCAGGUCCCAGUAUUCCCCAGAUUCUUCAUUUGAUUUCUAAUGAGGAGAGUCCUUCAGAAAACAAGCGUGAUGCACUUCAGCAGUUGAUCGAAGUUUCCAUAUCCAACGACCAGUCUAUUUGGAACAAGUACUUUAACCAGAUAUUAACGACUAUACUUGAAGUGAUGGAUAAUUCUGACUCAUCAAUACGCGAGCUGGCCCUUGCAAUAAUUGUUGAAAUGGUUAAGAAUCAGAAAGUUGCUAUGGAGGAUUCUGUUGAAAUUGUGAUUGACAAGCUGCUUCAUGCGACAAAGGAUGUUGUUCCUAAAGUUUCCAGUGAAUCAGAGAAUUGCUUGACUUUAGUCUUGGCUCAGUACGACCCGUUAAGAUGUUUAGAUGUUAUUGUUCCUUUACUUGUUGAUGAAGAUGAAAGAACUCUCGUCACAUGCAUUAAUUGUUUAACGAAGCUUGUUGGCCGGCUCUCCCAAGAGGAGCUGACAGCUCAAUUGCCCUCAUUUUUGCCGCAUCUUUUUGAUGCAUUUGGCAACCAGAGUGCAGAUGUUCGCAAGACCGUUGUUUUCUGUCUGGUCGACAUAUAUAUCAUGCUCGGAAAAGCAUUUUUACCGUAUUUGGAGGGGCUCAACAGCACACAACUACGGCUGGUGACGAUUUACGCGAACCGGAUAUCUCAGGCCAGGACUGGCACCCCAAGUGAUGCUACCCAAUGA